AUGCAUUCAAUCUCCGGAAGUGGAACUAUCUUCAGCAGUUUGUUUUUUUUUUUUUAUCACAAAACUGUUGGAAACUCUGCCUCCGGCCAUUCAUUAUGCACGCAAAGUGUUGGACUAUAUGCGUGGCCCGAAUGUAUUUCUCUCCAACAAGUUUCUUCAAACCUCUUCUUCCCAAGAAACGAUAGGAUGGAAAGAAAAGACUUGCCCACUUGGAAUUCGUUGAUUGCAGGGUACUUCAGGUGGGGUUAUGGUGGAAGCAUUGGGUUUGUUUCCAGAGAUGCUAUCCAGAAAUGUGAUGAUAUCCAGCUACUCGCAGAAUGGCAAGUAUUGAGACGUGCUAGGAAUAUACCUGGAAACGGAGAAGAAUCCAAGGGUUAG